UGACCUUGUACGUCGGUAACCGGCUAUCUUAGGGUCAGGUUCAAAAGUCUUUUACCGCGUAAUGCCCAUUUCAAGGUAAAUCGUUCGAAAAAAGACACAUAAAAUGCUUCCAAAGGUGAGAAGCACUUCGAAUGCGCUGAAUCUUCGAACAGGAUUAUUAGGAAAAUCGAAAUUUUCCUGGAAACAACGUGUUAGUCAAUGUACGUACAGGAUUGAACAAACAAAUUCCGGCAACGCCUGCAGAGUCAAAGGAUUUUCUACUUUUCUUCCUUUGAAUAGAAUUGAAAGCAAGAGCAACAUAGAACAUAACAAUGAAUCUGAUAACCUGCGUGGCAAUGGAAAAAAAGAGUCCCGAUCGAUACAAUACGACCGGAGCAAUAAGACAAAUAAAAAGCCUCCUCUCCAAGGUCAAGAGACAUCCAAUGGAAGUAUUGUUUUAGAUGAGCUUAUUAAUCAGGAUGGCCAGCGUGUAAAAGAAGUCCACAAAACCAUGCAUUGGUCACCGAAAGCGGAAGGGAAAAUGUACGAAAUUCCCAGCCCUCUUCUAAGAAAGUUAGAUUCUCUUGGUGCUAUUGAAAAGCAAAAGAAAAGUUUUUCCUUUUUUUCUAACCCUGUACUUUUACACCGGCAAGUUACCACUAAGCUAUACAACAUUUUGCAACGUUCUAAAGAUGUCAGUUCAGCAAAAGGACGAUAUAUAUUAGACGGCUCCAAUGGCUCUGGAAGGAGCAUUUCUCUUCUUCAAGCUGAAAUGUUUGCUUUCUCUCAUCCAAACUAUGUCGUAUUAGGAGUGCAUAAUUGUGAACGCUGGGUCGAUUCUUCCAGCGCUUAUGCAUAUGACCCGUCUUUAAAGUCUUGGGUACAACCAGAUCUCAUAAAAGAGUUUCUCACUUCUGUUAUGAACGUCAAUUCCAAAGUUUUGGGGACCUUAUCCACAUCAAAAAAUUAUGAAUUGGCUCCUGGAAAAUCGAUUGCCGCUGGUACAGAUUUGCAUACUUUCCUGCGUAAAAUAACAAGUAAUUCUGAGCUCUCAGUGAAGUUUUAUCAACCCUUCAUGCAGGAACUCAAUGCGGCCACUGAAAAACCUGGUUCAUCAGUCAACGUUCUCUUCGUCAUUGACAACUUGUCAGUUUUAUCUGUUCCUACGAAGUACAAAAAUCCAGAGAACCAGAAUAUUUCGCCAUGCGAUUUCUUUUUCAUAAGCUCUCUCUAUGAAUAUUUGUUUGGAGCACGCUCCUUCCAUCGCGGAACAAUUUUUGCUGCAACUUCCAGUCAACCACGUAUUAAAACUCCGUCAUUAGAUGUUGCUUUUGGCAAGACUAGUUUUGAUCCCUAUGUUCCCAUCAACAACUCAGUCUACGAGUCAGCCAAAUCGGCAGAGGUCAUUCCUUUGGAGCCCUAUUCAGUUAAGGAAUCUCUUUCGGUUAUGGAACAUCUAAUAAACUCUAACGUCUGCCUUGAGCCUGUUCAAUCACAUUUCCAAAAUCACGUUUUGAGUGGAGGCAAUCCCCGACUUUUCUUUGACACCUGUACUCGCUUAACAUAAUUUAUCUUUUCUUUUGAAGUGGUUGAUAUAUACUAAUUGUUAUCGACUAAAGCUCUACUUUGACUUGUUCGUCCCAUAAAUUUCGCCUUUGAUUUUUCAUGUCUUUAGCUUACAUGACCAAAUCCCCAACCCGCGUUUCCCCUUUUUACACUUUAAACAUUCUUUCAAAAUUUUGUAGUCAUUCCAUUCCGCCUGUUCCUUUCGGUACAUAUAAUACAUUAUAUUUUUAAUGAAACGGGAGUUAGAAAAUAACUUUUCAAUUGGUU